UCACUCAUUUGGGCAGUCACGGGUCCAAAACCAGAGUGUGGAGCCACAGUGUGGCGGUGGAGGCAGCAGCAAUGGGAGGCCAUACAGCACCCUAUGACAAAAUGGAACCCACCAGCAGUGUGAGGAGACCUGAAAGUGGCACAUGGCAGAGUGUGCAGCAAUGGGAGGCCGUACAGGGACCCAUGAGACACUGUGGACCUGGCAGCAGCAUGAGGAGGCGGUACGGGGGCCCAUGGCAGAUUACAGGCCUGGCAGCAGCAAUGGGAGACGCCCGUAAUCUGCCAGCAACCUAUGACAAAAUGGAACCCAGCAGGAGUGUGAGGAGACCUGAAAGUGGCACAUGGCAGAGUGUGGCGAUGGAGACAGCAGCAAUGGGAGGCCGUACAGGGACCCAUGAGACACUGUGGACCUGG